GGCUGGUGCGCCCAUCUCCGAUCGCUUUGCUUGCUUCCUUAUGAAAACUCUUCUCCUUCACAGUGGGAACAUCGAGACCCGUCUUCUUUUUUAUCAGCUGAUAAGCCUACUAAAGGCCGGAAGAGUAUCUUGCUUUUGAUCACUCCUUUUGUUCCUUUCUUGAUAAUUGUUGCUCUGGCCAUUAAUUUAUCAUUAUUGGCCUUGCAUUUGCUUUAUGGUUUUUUGUUUGCUUUUGGAGGGACCAGCAACAACGACCCUUGGAGGACCUGGGGGAGUGGUCCGAUAUAAAGCCUCUUCUUUUAGUACUCCCCCAGUCCACCACCACCACAGCACCUGCGCUUUCUUGAGUUUUUUUGCCCUCUGUAGUUGCACGCGAAGAAGCGCUGAGUUCUUGGUCAAAGUCUAGCAGUUUCGGGUUCUCCAUCAAUCGAGUCGGAGUGGGAGUAAGCAAAUUGUUUUGGGGAGCUAGAUUAUUGAAGGAUGCUGUGAAACAGUUCCGGUGAAAUAAGCCAAAUCAGAUUCUUAUUCAUCCCUCCGGUGAUGUAGCUAAUUAACAUAAAAUGAGCACAAAUGGUUUGCUGAAGUUUGACCAAAGUCUUUAGUGAGAUGGUUGCUGUCUCCCCGUUCUCCUCCAAACAGAUGUCUGAUCAAAUAACUUACUUGACCGCCAGUAUGAACUCUCCUUUAGCCCAGCUUGUUAACCCAAGAAGGAUGCACACCUACGAGCCAUUUGACCAGUUCCCCAUGUGGGGAGACACCUUCAAAGCUGACAAGGUCAAAAAUCUCGAGGCAUCGUCAUCUGUGAUCGUGCAUGCAGUAGAUGAUGGAUUGGACAAGAAGUUUGAAUAUGUUUCUCAUGAAUCGGCAGAAAAUUCCAGCUCCAGGAGCGAUCAAGAAGCAAAUAGACCUGACAAGGUACAGAGACGUCUAGCACAGAACCGUGAAGCUGCUCGAAAAAGCCGUCUGCGGAAAAAGAAAUAUGUACAACAACUAGAAUCAAGCCGCUUGAAGCUAGCACAGUUGGAGCUGGAACUCGGGAGAGCUAGGCAGCAAGGGUUGCUCUUGGGAAAUGGAUUCGACGCUACUCACUUCGGAUUCUCCAGAACAGUCCACUCGGGAAUUGCCACAUUCGAGAUGGAAUAUGCACACUGGGUCGAAGAGCAACAAAGAAAGACUUGUGAACUUGGGACUGCGCUGCAAGGCCAUGUAGGCGAUGUGGAGCUUCGAUUCAUGGUAGAAAGCAGCUUGAAACACUAUUAUGAACUUUUCCGCAUGAAAGCAGAAGCUGCCAAGGCCGACGUAUUCUUUUUGAUGUCCGGCGCAUGGAGGACAUCAGCAGAGCGGUUUUUCCUUUGGAUUGGAGGAUUUCGUCCAUCGGAACUGCUGAAUGUUCUACUGCCACAAAUUGAGCUCUUGACCGAAGAGCAGAUGCUGCAAUUGUGCAACCUCCGACAUUUGUCCCAGCAAGCUGAAGAGGCUCUAUCUAAAGGAAUGGAAAAACUUCAGCAGAAUUUAGCUCAGGAAGUCGCCGAUGACCAACUAGGCGCAGGGAAUUAUAGCUCUGAGGUGGCUGCUGCUAUGGAGAAAUUGGGAGCAUUGGAGGACUUUGUGAGCCAGGCGGAUCAUCUUCGACAGCAGACUAUGCAGCGGACGUAUCUCUUUCUAACCACCCGCCAAGCAGCCCGUGCAUUGCUCGUCCUCGGAACAUUUUGGCACCGCCUUCGUGCACUGAGCGCUCUGUGGACCACCCGUCCUCAGGAUCCCGCCUAAGCCAAUCGACUCCAGGACAGCGUUUCAGGAAAAGAAGGCCUUCAUUGCUGGAAAGAGUCCCCUGCGAGCGAGCAAGGCAGGAACUAAAACUUGCUGCUGUCAGUUCUGUUAACUGCAUCGGAUGUGCCUACUGUAAUCAAGGACUCCCAAGUUCGGAUCAUUGUGAAUAUAGCGAUAAGCUGCGCAUGCGAUAAAUAGCUAGGCACGGUAGUUCUUCCGCGGCGCGCGAUGUUAUUGUAUACAUAGUAAAUGUCUUUCCAAUGACGCUCGCAUUGCAGGCUUCAUUUGAAUGGAGUUUGCAGCAUGAUUCGGCUUGUGUAAAUUUCUGCUAAUUUGAAAGUAGUUGCCCGGUGUUGUUGUAUCUGAUGGAAGGAAACUCCCAAUCAUUAUAUCGAGUACAACCUUUUUUUUUUUUUU